AUGAAGUUGAAAAUUACAAAGUGCACAUUUGGAGUAACCUCAGGUAAAUUCCUGGGAUUCCUAGUGCACCAAAGAGGAAUCGAAGCCAAUACAGAUAAAAUCAAAGCUAUUUUGGAGAUGGAUUCACCUAGAAAUCUACAGCAACUACAAGGACUCAAUGGAAGGAUAGCAGCACUCAACAGAUUUGUUAGUCGCUCAACUGAUAAAUGCUUGUCGUUCUUCAAAAUCCUAAGGAAGAAAUGGCAGUUUGAAUGGAUAGAAGAGUGUGAGGCUACCUUUAAAAAACUAAAACGAUAUCUGGGGGUAGCCCCACUCCUCUCAAAGCCGAUCGUUGGUGAUGAGCUCUUCUUAUACUUAGCUGUGUCUGACACCGCAGUGAGUUCCGCAUUGAUAAAGGAAGAAGAUGGGCGACAAUCUCCAAUCUACUACACAAGUAAAUCAAUGGUAGAUGCAAAGCUCAUAUACCCACAAGUGGAGAAAUUGGCAUUGACACUGGUCACUCCGGCUUGGAGACUACGCCCAUAUUUCCUAGCCCACAUAAUAACGGUCCUCACCAAUUUUCCCCUACGACAGAUUUUGCAAAGGCCAGAUAUUUCAGGGCGACUGGUGAAGUGGGCCGUGGAACUUAGCGAAUACGACAUCCACUAUAAGCCAAGAACUUCAAUGAAAGGGCAUGCUGUGGCAGAUUUCAUAGCAGAACUAACACCAGCAAAACCUCAAGUAUGUAGCAUCGAUCCACAGCUAGUUAAGGAAGAGCAACCCUGGACACUCUAUGUAGAUGGAUCCUCAAAUUUUAGAGGAUGCGAGACAGGACUUCUACUGAUCUCUCCAGAUAAAGAAAGAUUCGAAUAUGCAUUGCGGUUCAAUUUUCAUGCAUCUAGCAACAAAGCUGAAUAUGAAGCUCUGCUAGCAAGAUUAAAGGUGGCCAGGUACAUUGGGGUCAAGAACAUACUGAUACUCAGUGAUUCACAACUGAUUGUGAGUCAGGUGAAAGAGGAGUUUCAGGCUAGAGAACCACGAAUGGCGAAAUACCUUUCUCGGGUAAAAGACCAGCUCGGUCAGUUCUCAAAAUUUGAGAUUCGACAAAUCCCUUGUACCCAAAAUGUCAACGCAGACGCGUUAGCUCGACUAGCUGCAGCUUAUGGAACCGACCUAGGAAGAACUAUAUCGGUCGAAAUUUUACUUGAGCCGAGCAUAAAAGCUCAGGAAAAAAUGGAUAUCGACGAGCAAAGGCAAUCAGAAGAAAACUGGAUGAGCCAUUUGAUCAAGUAUUUAAAGGAUGGGAUCCUGCCAGAUGAAAUGAUAGAGGGCCAACAGCUACAACGACAAGCAGCGAGAUAUGUGCUUAAAGAUGAAAGUCUGUACAAAAGAGGCUACUCGUUGCCACUCUUAAAAUGCUUAACACUCAAUGAAGCUGACUAUGUCAUGAGAGAAAUACAUGAGGGUGUUUGUGGGAACCAUUUCGUAGUGCGAUCCCUAAGCCACAAAAUAGUUCGACAAGGAUAUUACUGGCCGACCAUGCUAAAUGACACGACGCACCAAAAAAUGUGA